AUGGCCCCGACUGCUGCCCCCGUUACCAAAGAUCCGUCGCCGUCUGCGUCUUCGCCUCCGGAACGCCGUCGGGUAGUGCUCCCGGAUCCCGUUGCGCUCAAAUAUCUUGGAGAGGAUCCUGCCGUCACAGUUGUCGCGACUAGCUGUGUCCUCUAUGGCUACGAGUUAUACCUGGUCGAACAAUGGGCCUGCUCCCGGCUAUCACCCGCUUUGGCUAUCGUUACCUAUACAGGUGAUCCGAAACACUCGAUAGUCGUCGGCGUCCUGGAAGUAACAAAGGAAGACAAGGGCUGGUCCCAACGACUGGAAGCCUACUUUAAGGCAAUACAGCAGCACCAUGCUAGGCCAAAGGAGACAGAGUUGGGUGAGCUCAUGGUCACUAAUCUCAGCAGUUUCCCGUCCGCCUUAACUGUUAUACCCGUUCCCGACGGUGACUUGCGCCACAAUCUGCGCGUCUUCAUUGUCAACGAGAACCUGAAGCGCUUGGGAUGCUCGGGACGCUCAGGUCUCACCUUAUCAGACCCCACGCCCGCCACCCAGGCCAAGUUCACUCAGCUGUACAAGAUCUCCGAGAAAAUCUCCUUUCAGGACGCCGUGGUCGAAUUGGUCAAGCUAUGCCAGGUGGCAUUAUUCAUCUUUGGGCUGCUCGACCAAGUGUACAUUGACGGGCUCCUUUGUGACGUCACGGAAGCAGCCAUCAACAAUUGGUGGACAGAUAUCGGAUCCGAGUACUUUAACGUUGAACCGACAGAUGGAAUCUUGGGGCCAACUACGGUUGCUGCUCUGUUGGGAACCCUGAUAGGCGCCAGGAACCGACUCAGCUAUUGCAAUGCUCCAGUUUCCAAGGAUGUCUUUGAUGUUGACUGCACAAAAAGGGGUAUCGGAGCGUUCCAAAAAUCGCAGAAACUUGAAAGGACACGACGUCUCGACCGGCAAACCCUUCUCAAGCUUCAUCAGUUAACCGCCAAGGCCGCCGCAGGAGAGGGUUGGGGUGUACAAAAGGCCGUAAAGUCCACUGUUGCAGAAAUAGGAGGCAAGAGAGGUGAGCUGGUGAUAGGUAUGGUGGGAGGAAAAGACAAAGGGAACAUUGGAGAUAUCGAAACCCUGGAUCUGGACAAGUUUAUCAACUUGACAACAGGCGAGCGACCGAAGUGGCUAUGGCAUGGCAAACCGAGGAGGACGCUCAACGAUUACGAACAUAUGCUACCUCCAUUUGGCGGGAAAGAUGUUAAAGAUGAUGUGUUAUCACAAGCAGGAAGUCGAAGGACCCAGUCGAUGCUCAUAGACGAGGAACAGGAAGUCAAAAAAGCGACAGAGGAGUUGAUGGGUUCAUACUCAGCACCGACAGCCUCAGCAGCUAGUACCACGGAUAUUCCUGCCGAUAAAGACGCUUUACGCAAAACGGUCUUCAAGAGUGUGGCUGGAAAGGUGAGCGAUGCCCGCUCAGGACUGGGCCGUAUCAGAGAUGCUGUCGGUACGGGUUUACGAAGCCACGUCAACCGCCCAUCCAGAGACGAUACUCCCAAUGCGGUGGCAGCAAUGAGUCUAGCCCCAAGUAUAGCAAGCUUGGCGCAGACAUCUACUGCUCUGACAAGUCCAGUGGCGGUUGGACAGGUAUUCACAUGGCGUUCGAGACCAGAGGAGUACUUGAGAGAGAUCAAGGAAAGGGACCCCAACGAAUCUACACCAGCACUAUCGAUUGCCAGCACCACAGCCGGAGCUCCUUCGACUAUCAGACAGUCAUCAGGCUCACAUCGCAGAGAAGCUGGUAUCACAAGAUCAGAGCCCGGGGUCGCAGAGAAGGCCAAAAGUCUCGAUGCUCCCAUCAUCAACUCAGUCCCAGAUCCCAACGACCUUCUAGGACCCAUCCAAACCCUCGAGCGAACCAUAGAUCUCCCCAUAUCCUUACUCCAUCGCCGCCACAGCAUCCACGGCUUUAGUCCCAGGCUCAUCCUUAACCAGCCUUCCAAGGAAGCCAAAUAUCCUCGCCGCCUCUCCUUCAGCGCAGCCGAGGAUGCUGUGCUAGGGUGGGACGAAGUCUACGACAUCAGCAACCUUAUCUCAUCCCUUGAAGGGCCCGCUACAACAUCAGCCGCCAUCCAGCAGCAGCACCUCUCCGACGGUACCCUCUUCAAAACCCAAGCCGAGCUCGCCCGCUCCCUGUAUGCGCACCUCUCUGCCCUCCAAUCCGACCUCUCGCCCUGGGUCUCCUCCAAGCUGUCGUCAGUCGAAAGCCUAGACGAGACAUUUACUCGGCAGCAGCACGAAUUACAGUCGCUCUACCUGCACGUCAGCGACGCGUACCAGCGCAUCCGACAUUCCGGGGAGGAGAUUGUGGGCGAAGAGCGCCAUAGGCUGAACGAGGCCGUGAAAGACGUGGAGGUUUUGGUAGCCAAGCUGGAGUACGAGAUUGGCGCGCUCGUGGACAAGGUACAGGAUGUGGAGGAUGGGGUAGAGAGAUUUGAGGCGCAGGUGGCAGACGUGGAGAGACGGGCGGAGGAGUUGAAGAACGUACUGGAGACGGAGACGUGGUUUCAUUGGUUCAUGAGGACGUUGACGGGCAUUGGCACAGGACCGAAUAUUACGCAGGGAGUCACUUCGAUGAAGAUGGGGGAGGAGGGUGACAAGAGGGAGUGAGGAGGUGAAGGGCCUGAUAUACUUCGUUCGGGGAAGGCAUGAUGGUGCUCUUGGGGGACCGAAGCUGAGAGGGCGCUUAAUCCACAGUGCUAGUGGGAGUACGUUGAGUGAUAUUAGGAGUUUGUUCUGUGGUUAUUUCCUUCUCUUGUUUUGGCAUUAGGCAAUCUGCAUCGUGCGGCGUUGGGACACACUUCGAGCAUAUAGGGUGACUAUAGACAGAUUGCCAUUAGGCAGAGUUAAUACAAAUAAUUAUUUUU